AUGACCAACCAGCCUCCCGACCGCGGCGCAGUCGUAUCACUGCCGACCUGCAGGACGGAGAUGGACGUAGUGCUUGACCAGACGCUCGUGCUGCUGCAGAAGGCGCUCAAGAUGUCGACUGGUGCCGUACUGCUCGACGACGCGCUGCAGAGCAAAGCAAAGCAGGUGGCGGAAUUGGCUGUGCAGGUGCACAAGCGCUGUACGGCGCCUGGCAGUGACAAGCACUUUGACCGAUUGCAGCGCAGCCACGACGCCAGGGAAGACUGGACGACUGCUACUACCCAGCAGCAAGCGGACGCGACGUCGCAGCCGUCGGUCUGGUCAGGAUUCUACAACAAGACGUUGCGCGAGCGCUGGGACGUGCUGGCGCUCAUGUACCCGCGACUCAAGAGCCUCAAGUUACAGCAAGCAAACGGCACCGAGACCACGUCGGACAUGUUGCUGCCAUCCGAACCAGCGGCAAAACUCGGUGAGCUGCCGCUGCGCACGGCAAACCUCAUGAUUGAGAACUGUAUCGGCGUGCUGGGUGUGCCGCUGGGGCUUGGUCUCAAUUUUGUCAUUGACGGCAAGAGCCUGUCCGUCCCUAUGGCUGUAGAAGAGCCGUCGGUCGUGGCUGCGGCCUCAAAUGCGGCAAAGCUCGUGGCUGUUGCCGGUGGCGGCUUCCACACAUCGACGUCAGGCAACGUCAUGACGUCUCAGAUCCAGCUCGUGGAUACGAAGGACAUUCCAGCAGCUAUUGCUGCUGUCCGAUGCAAUCGUGAGCGACUACUGUCGAUCGCCAACCGCACACUUUGUCCCAACAUGAAGAAACGUGGUGGCGGUGCGGUUGACAUUUACUGCCGCGUCGUUAGCCAGGCUGCACGCACUGUUGCUACUACCGCCGCCAGUAGCACGUGGUACACCCCGUGCGAUGACGAACUUGUAGUAAACGCGUCUGGGCAACAGACGCAGUUUCUCGUUGUGCAUGUGGAUGUGGACGUGUGCGAAGCCAUGGGCGCUAACGUUGUCAACACGGUUGCAGAGGGAUUGUCGGAAGAAGUCUCGGCGAUCACGCAAAGUCGUGUAGGCUUGCGAAUCCUCACCAAUCUUUGCAUGCAACGCCGUGCGCGAGCCGAGUUUGAGAUUCCUCUGGAGAAGCUCGGCUGGAAAGGAGUUGACGGCAAAGAUGUGGCGAGUCGCAUUGUCGAAGCUUACAAUUUUGCUGCUAUCGAUCCGUACCGUGCAGUGACGAACAACAAGGGCAUUAUGAACGGUAUCGAUGCUGUAGCCGUGGCCACCGGCCAGGAUUGGCGGGCAAUCGAAUCGGCUGCGCAUUGCUAUGCUAGUCGCUCGGGACAAUACGCCUCGUUGUCGCGUUACGAGAUCGAUACCGCCCGUGACGGCACUGGAAAGCGCGUGCUUCGAGGCAGCUUGGAAAUGCCCAUCGCAGUGGGCUCGAAAGGCGGUGCAUUGAUGACCCACCCUGGUUACAUUGCCACUCAUGCGAUUCUGCAGCAACCAACGGCCCGCAAUCUGAGCGGCAUCAUCAUGAGCGUCGGACUCGCGCAAAACUUUGCGGCGAUUCGCGCUAUUGCAGUGACAGGUAUCCAGAAGGGUCACAUGGCCCUUCAUGCACGAAACAUCGCUGUCGCUGCUGGUGCACCUGGUGAACUUGUGUCGGAGGUGUGCAACUACAUGUUGCGGCGAAAGUCGAUAAACGUGGAGACGGCGAAGGAGUACUUGCACGCACAUGCGGUGUACUUUGAGAUUCAGAGCAACUCGCCGCCAUCGUCUCCAGUUUCCGUGACGCUGCCGUCCAUGUUUUACGUGGAGAUCCCUGUGCCAGAACUGGAGAGCACAGUCAGCCUGAACCUCGCAUUCGAAGCUAUCAACAAGCACCCGCAGUACAUUGCGAUUAUGGCUCCAGACACCGCUGGGAAGGGUGACAAGGCGCUGACGACGCUGCAGCGCCAGUUGCUGGGGGACAAAGGCUACAAUCAGCUCGAGAAAAUGUUCGCGUUCUUGGCCUCCGUGCGCUCCAUCGUUACCUCGACCUCCAACACCGAGAGCGACCUGCUCGUGUCCCGCGCGAACACUGAACUACAGAACAAGCUCCAGCUGCUGUCCAUUCUCAUCAACAUCAUCGCGUAUCGACUGAUGGAGGUGCGCCCACAGAAGGUGCGCACGUUCAUACGGCAGCUCCUCGAGGCAAGUGACGGGUCCGCAAAAAGUGGUGUCAGUGCUGGCGAGAUACACGACUCGGGUGCCAAGUCUUUUCGCGACUUGAUGGUCGAGAACGUAGAGCCGCGCGACGAGGUUCUUUCCACCGGCUUGCCGCUGCUCCUCGCUCUAUGGCAAGUUCUGCACUACCACAUUGAACAGGAGGUGCCACACAAGCUGCUUCGGACCCGUCUCGUGAAGGAACAGGCGGAACUGCUGAACAACAUCGUCCGGAGCUAUGAGCUGGCCACGCCUUGCAACGACGAUGCCAAUGCGACGUCCGCCGCGGGUCGACCACUCGAGGGGAAGUUUCUCGAGUACGUGGCCGUGCAGGCCACGCGCUGGCAAGCGACGUUGCUGCUCCUGAUCGACGUACUGGCGCUAGCGUCGGAGCUCGUGACGCCUGAGCGCUUGGACUUUCUGACCCGCAUUGGCGAGUACAUGGAAUGGGAAGGCUCGAUCGCGCAUGACGUGGCACGUUACCAGCGCGACGCUACCGAACGCGUGCCGAACGCGUUCCUCUUUUGGCUUUCUCAGCGCGGCAUUCCUCACUCGGAGGGCAAGCAGUACGAAGGUGCAUUCCGUCGUGUGGCCGAUGCGUUGGCUGCUGACAAAUGGGACCGGUUGCUGCAGGAGGCUCGACGAGAUUCGCGGGCAGCAGCGACGUUUUCGUUGCCAGCAGUGGAGCGUGUGGUCGGCCUCAUCCGGGAGAUCUACGGGGACCACAGUCGUGGUAUCCGCAAGGAAUCCUUCUAG